AGCCCCCUUCUCUGAGAUCUCUCUCUAUCUCUCUGUAACUCUCUCUUAUAUAAUGCUUCUGGAUCAUCACGCCCUCUAAAUAAAAACGAAAGUCUCUUCCUUUUUCCUUACCCUCUCUUGAUUCUCUUGGGUCAAUCAUGGGCGGUUGCUUAACCACGGCCAAGGUCAUUGGGUCAAACAGCAACAGCAACAGAAACACCACCAACCACGCUACCACCACCACCGCCCCCGUCCCCGCCGUAGUUAACCGGAAACAGAACACCAGACCGCAGCCGGCGCAGAACCACCACCACAGGGCCAAUGAGGCGCAGAAGAAACAACACAAGCACAAGGCCAAACACAGCUCAAGACAGAAGACAGGGGUGAUCUCAUGUGGCAAGCGUACGGAUUUCGGGUACGACAAGAACUUCGAUCGCAGGUACACGAUCGGCAAGUUGUUGGGUCACGGUCAGUUCGGGUAUACUUAUGUUGCCACGGAUAAGUCGAAUGGAGAUCGAGUUGCGGUCAAGAGGAUUGAUAAGAAUAAGAUGAUUUUACCUAUUGCGGUUGAGGAUGUUAAGCGAGAGGUCAAGAUAUUACAAGCGCUUGCUGGCCAUGAGAAUGUAGUUCAGUUUUUUAAUGCAUGUGAAGAUGAUACUUAUGUAUAUAUAGUAAUGGAAUUAUGUGAAGGGGGCGAGUUACUGGAUCGGAUAUUGGAGAAGAAGGACAGCCGUUACACUGAAAAAGAUGCAGCAGUAGUGGUAAGGCAGAUGCUCAAGGUUGCAGCUGAGUGUCAUUUGCAUGGUCUGGUGCACCGUGACAUGAAACCUGAGAAUUUUCUUUUUAAGUCGAAAGCAUUGGACUCACCCUUGAAGGCGACAGACUUUGGUUUAUCAGACUUUAUUAAACCAGGGAAGAAGUUUCAAGAUAUUGUUGGCAGUGCUUACUAUGUUGCUCCUGAAGUGUUGAGACGCAAGUCAGGACCUGAGUCAGAUGUUUGGAGCAUUGGUGUCAUUACCUACAUUUUGCUUUGUGGACGACGUCCGUUUUGGGAUAAGACUGAAGAUGGUAUAUUUAAAGAGGUGCUAAGGAACAAGCCAGAUUUUCGUCGCAAACCGUGGCCAACCAUUAGUAGCAGUGCUAGAGAUUUUGUAAAGAAGUUAUUGGUGAAGGACCCUCGGGCAAGGCUAACUGCUGCUCAGGCUUUAUCACACCCAUGGGUUAGAGAAGGAGGAGAGGCAUCAGACAUUCCUAUUGAUAUAUCCGUCUUAAAUAACAUGCGGCAGUUUGUGAGAUACAGUCGUUUGAAACAGUUUGCUCUGAGGGCAUUAGCUAGCACACUUAACGCGGAGGAGCUGGCUGAUCUCAAAGAUCAAUUUGAUGCAAUUGAUGUGGACAAGAAUGGUUCUAUUAGUCUUGAAGAAAUGAGACAGGCACUUGCUAAAGAUAUCCCUUGGAAGCUGAAAGAUUCACGUGUUGUUGAGAUACUAGAAGCGAUUGAUAGCAACACAGAUGGGCUUGUGGAUUUCACUGAGUUUGUCGCAGCAACUCUUCAUGUGCACCAGUUGGAGGAGCAUGACUCUGAGAAGUGGCAGCAGCUGUCGCGUGCGGCUUUUGAGAAAUUUGACAUAGAUAAAGAUGGGUAUAUAACUCCAGAUGAACUUAGAAUGCAUACGGGCCUAAAAGGUUCUAUUGAUCCACUUCUUGACGAGGCUGAUAUUGACAAAGACGGGAAGAUUAGCCUAUCAGAAUUCCGUAGGCUCUUACGAACUGCAAGCUUGAGUUCACGAAAUGUGACUAGCCCAACUGUUCAACAGAAAUCUAGGCAGCUGUAGAUUAAAAGCAAUUGGUUCGAAGAUUGGAUGUCAGAGAGUGCCCCAAGACGUUCCGUUUUCAAUUAUUACCAUCCUGAACUACCUUUGAACUAAAAAACUCAGAAUAGAAUCGCUUAAGCAUCAUAUGAUAGAGUUUGUGUGAAAUCUGAAAAAAGGUAGCUCCAGAUAUGAUGGUUCGAACUGUACAUUCUUCUGCAAGAAUUGUGGAUUACUUGGUGGUGCAUUACAAGUUAUGAUGUGUGACAUAAAUAAAAAGUUAAUAGUGAAAAUAUGGAAAGAUGGUAAAUCA